AUGUUCGUUCGUGCAUCGGUGUUCACUCUUGCGGCCUUGGUUGUCUAUGCGCUUGCCGCCCCUACGCGCCGAACCAACACCGGAGACGUCACGUUCUUUGAGCCUGGUCUGGGCGCAUGCGGUCAAACCAAUAGCGCAUCCGAUUCGAUCGUCGCCAUUUCGUCGACGUUGUUCCAAAGCUUGCAAGGCGCCACUGCGAACCCAAACGCUAACCCCGUGUGUGGGAAGACCAUCACGGCGAACUUCCAAGGGAAGACUGCCACUGUGACCAUCGUGGACGCUUGCCCCGGUUGCGCGCAGUUCGACCUUGAUUUCUCGCCGGCGGCGUUCAGUCAGCUCGCAGACCCCAGCGUAGGCAGGUUGACUGGCGUCACAUGGGACUUCGACUAG